CGCGUCGCCCGGCACAGCGCGAGCGGCGGGCGGGCGGGCGAGCGAGCGGGCGGGCGGGCGCAGCGCCGAGGCCUGGCCAUGGCCACCACCAGCACCACGGGCUCCACCCUGCUGCAGCCCCUCAGCAACGCCGUGCAGCUGCCCAUCGACCAGGUCAACUUUGUAGUGUGCCAACUCUUUGCCUUGUUAGCAGCCAUUUGGUUUCGAACUUAUCUACACGCAAGCAAAACUAGCUCUUUUAUAAGACACAUAGUUGCUACCCUUUUGGGCCUUUAUCUUGCAUUUUUUUGCUUUGGAUGGUAUGCCUUACAUUUUCUUGUACAAAGUGGGAUUUCCUACUGCAUCAUGAUUGUGAUAGGAGUGGAGAGCAUGCACAAAUGCUGUUUUGUGUUUGCUUUGGGAUAUCUCACCGUGUGCCAAAUUACUAGAGUCUAUAUCUUUGAUUAUGGACAAUAUUCUGCUGACUUUUCAGGCCCAAUGAUGAUCAUUACCCAGAAGAUCACUAGUUUGGCUUAUGAAGUUCAUGAUGGAAUGGUUCGAAAAGAUGAAGAACUGACUCCAUCACAGAGGGGUUUAGCUGUAAGGCGCAUGCCCAGACUUCUGGAGUAUAUAAGUUACACCUGCAACUUCAUGGGCAUCCUGGCAGGCCCGCUGUGCUCUUACAAAGACUACAUUACUUUCAUUGAAGGCAAGCCAUUCCACACGCCACAAUCAGGUGAAAAUGGAAAAGAAGAGGUGCAGCAUGAAAGAACAGAGCCCUCUCCAAAUCCGGCAGUUGUUCAGAAGCUCAUAGUCUGUGGACUUUCUUUAUUAUUUCACUUGACCAUCUCCAACUUGUUACCCGUGGAGUACAACAUUGAUGAGCAUUUUCAAGCCACAGCUUCAUGGCCAACCAAAGUUACCUAUCUAUAUGUCUCUCUUUUGGCUGCCAGACCUAAGUACUAUUUCGCAUGGACUUUAGCUGAUGCCAUUAAUAAUGCUGCAGGUUUUGGUUUCAGAGGCUACGACAGAAAUGGAGAGGCUCGUUGGGAUCUAGUUUCCAAUUUGAGAAUUCAGCAAAUAGAGAUGUCAACAAGUUUCAAGAUGUUUCUUGAUAAUUGGAAUAUCCAGACAGCUCUUUGGCUCAAAAGGGUGUGUUAUGAAAGGGCAUCCUUCAGUCCAACCAUCCAGACAUUCAUUCUCUCUGCUAUUUGGCAUGGAGUAUACCCAGGAUAUUAUCUCACUUUUCUAACAGGGGUGUUAAUGACAUUAUCAGCGCGAGCUAUGAGAAAUAACUUUAGACAUUAUUUCAUCGAACCACCCCAACUUAAAUUAUUUUAUGAUGUCAUAACGUGGGUAGUAACACAAAUAGCAAUAAGUUACACAGUUGUGCCAUUUGUCCUUCUUUCUAUAAAACCAUCAUUUAUGUUUUACAGCUCCUGGUGUUACUGUCUUCACAUUUGUGGCAUCCUAGUAUUAUUGUUGUUUCCAGUGAAAAAAACUCAAAGAGGAGAGAAUGCACAUGAAAAAGCACAGCUCUCACGAUCCAAAAAAUUUGAUGAAAGAGAAAAUUCUUUGGGACAGAACAGUUUUUCCACAACAAACAACAUUUGUAAUGAAGACAUAGCCUCUAGACAUCCGUCCCUGAAGCAGUGACAGGGAGUGCGCCCUGGGGACUGUUCUCCCAUUGCGGACAGAAACCAACCUUAGCACCUUUCCAGGGGGGUUGUAUUUGUUUGAAAAGAGGUUACCUGGGGGAAAUGGGACUGUGAUAGAUAGGGAGGUUCCUGUAUACCAGAUUGGAUAGGGAAUGAAAUAACCCCACCCAUGCCGUGUCCCUGUGGGCCACGCCUUAUAUAAAAAUGUUUCCAUAGUUCAGUGGGGCACUCCGACCUCAGCAUAUGUCCUCAAGGUCAUAUGCGUGCCCUGUUGCUGAAUGUACGCUGCGUAUCCCAAGGCACUGAAGAGGUGGAAAAGAAUCGUGUCAGUCUGGAUGUUGGAGAGAUUAACUUUUCCAAAUGAAUGUCUUGCCUUAAACCUUCUAUUUCCUAAAAUAAUUGUUCCUACACGGUAUUUUCAAGUGUAAUAUUGUGAAAAGACUAUCUCAGUUUUGAUGUUGUGUGCUGUAAAGGAAUCUAGGAGGAAUUUUAAACAAAUAUUGAAGAUAGUGGAUACUUUAAAAAUGCAAUAAACAUCUCAGUAUUUGAAGGGUUUUCUUAAAGUAUCUUAAGUGACUAUAAUACAUAAUAAUAAUGGAUGCCAAAUUAUAGGCAGCUUGUUUUGCUGGACAGCUUAAUUACCUUGUGUCAGAGUGCCCUUCCAAGAGGAAUUUCUUCAACAUAAUUAAAGGUUGGCAGUGUGAUAUUUUAAGCUUAUUUUCUUAAAAAUAAGGAAGAGAGAUGAGGCCAGAAGGUUCUAGUGAGGAAACAUUGUCGUGGCCUAGAGGCAAAGGCGUCACCCUCCUGUAUCAGAAUUCUAUAUGAGACAUAAAAGCCGAGUAACCUGGUAACACAUGGGAUUUGUAGAUGAAGUGUAUCAGGCAUAACUUACGUAGAAUUAGAGGAGAUUAUGAGAGUAACGGUG